GUUUGCGCAUGCUCAGUUCAUUCUGACCUUCUCAAAAAGUGGGUGAAUCAGCCAUUUUCAGUUUAGCUUCUUUACUAUCUACCAAGCCUCAAGUCUCUCCUGUUGUACUUCACAAAACCGACAAAAAUGGAUCAAAGCUUAGACGAGAUUAUUACUGCCAAGAGGAGAGGUCGCGGGCGUGGAAAUAGGGGUGGAAGAUUCAGAGGGGGUCGCGGGGGGCAAGGACUCAGUACCAACAACAGAGGCCGAAGUGGAGCUCCAGUGAGAAGGGGACGCGGCCGUGGAAGAGGAGGCUUCAACACACUUGGCAAUGGAUACUCUGGUGGCAAAUGGCAACACGAUAUGUUCCAAGGAGCGCCUGGCGGUGGCGGUAUAGGUAUAAGAACAGGAACGGCUGGAGGGCAAGGUGCCAAACUACUCAUCUCCAACUUGGACUUUGGAGUCUCUGACAGUGACAUCAAGGAGUUGUUUGCUGAGCUGGGCACAGUGAUCAAGGCCAUGGUACAUUACGACAAGAGUGGGAGAUCACAAGGCACUGCCAAUGUCAUCUACUCUCGCAACACUGAUGCUAUAAAGGCCAUGAACAAGUACAACAAUGUGCCACUGGAUGGACGUCCCAUGGAUAUUCAACUGGUAAGUGGUACCACUCCCGGAGGGGGGAUGGGGGGCACUCCGCGGAGGGGGCAGGGUCAGAGGGGACGAGGAGGAUUCAGACAACAACAGCAGCAACAAUUCACUGGUGGUGCCGGUACUGGUGGUGGCUUAGGUGGUGGGCGUGGAAAUAGGGGGCGUGGUGGGAGAGGACGUGGUAGAGGGAGAGGUGGCAGAGGGGCCAAGACUCCAGUACCCACGGCUGAUGAACUAGACGCUGAAUUAGAUGCCUGGAAAGGAGGAGCUGAAAUCCAGUCUCAUUUUGACGGGUCCAAAUCCAUGAGUAACCGUUCCGUUAUAGACAGUGUAGCUCAUAUCAGCACAGGGAGUGUUGUCCUGAGCUUUGGUCAGGUUGUGCUCAAACAGUUUGUACUCCCAGUCCUGGCUGUUGUCACACUUGAGGCAGCAAGGGUCAUCCUUGAGGGCAGUGGUCCACACACAGUAGGACACCAGCAGGAGGCUUCCCAACACCUUAAACAUAUCUCAGUAGCAGACUUCAAUCUUAGUGUGCUCAACCACGUGUAUGAUGUGUAUCAAUUAGAACUACUAAAUUCUACAAUGGCUGGAAGAAUUCUCUGCUCCUACUGCCACAGACAAGGCUUUAAGCAACUGAGAAGACUUGCAGUUCGCUCCAGAUGGCUGUCAGCUACUGCUGAGGAGACAGUCCCCUCUCCCGUGGGCAGCAGUAACUAUCCUCCAAAGAUAGAGCAGAUAGUGAAUGACAUAUCACAACUCACUCUACUAGAGACAUCACAACUCAACGAGCUAUUGAAGGCUACUUUGAACAUUCCUGAUGCACCAAUGAUGGCAAUGGGGCCGAUGCCCUUAGCUUCCUCAGAGGAUGAAGUAAGUCCAAAGAAGGAAGAACAGAGUGAGUUCACAGUGCGACUGGUCAAGUAUGAGGAGAGCUCCAAGAUCAAGCUAAUCAAGGAGAUCAAAGUAUUAAUGGAUGGAAUGAACUUAGUACAGUCUAAGAAGUUUGUGGAGGGUGUGCCUCAGGUGAUAAAGUCUGAGGUGAGCAAGGAGGAGGCAGAGAGACUGAAGGUGGCUCUGGAAGCAGCUGGUGGGGUGGUGGAACUGGACUAGCUAGUAUAAUUAUAGAGACUGUUCUGUUCACUCAUUAUUGUUGACUAUGUUUGUCACUGAAAAAAUUUGUUCCAUAAAAAAAUUUCAGCUUAUUUUAUAA